AGAAGCGAAGCCAUGAGUGCAGCGAGCACGAAAAGAAAGAACGCUGCUAGGGUCAUUGAUUCGGUAGAACCAUUAGAAAGGAGGAGGAUCGGGUACAAGUGCGAUUUCCUUGUGAGAGACACCAUUUCGGAGCAUGAAGAGAGCUUGGAGUAUGGGGCAGGCGAGGUUGGAAUUAAAUAUGAGCAAAUGGGUACGAAGUUGAUGACCGAAGGAUCUGUUAAAUUACCCAAGGUUUUGAAAGACAUGUUGGACCAGCUCAUUUUAAAGAACAAGGACUACAAGAAUAUCCAGUUAUUCGGUAUCGUUCAUUCCGGACUUGCCGUGCAAUUGAUUGCUGCUGACAGGCCACAUCAAUAUGUAACGCGCAUUACCAGGGGAAAAGAACUUAAAAUCCCUUCCAAUAUUGCAAAAUUUGGCGAUGAUGUCCUUCCUGUCCUUGUUCAAGUUUGGCAAUUGAAAUAGCAUAUUUUAAAUGUCCAAAAUAAGAUCAUGUCGCCAUCAAACACUGAACAAAAUAAUAGUAAUUGGCUCGAUGACUGCUUGACAAAAGACGAUAAUUACAUCAUUCCCCAGACAUCCAACUCAACAGAAUAUACCGCAUAGUUUAUUAUUAUAAACUAUAAGUAUGUACUCAAUCU